AUGUCAUUAUGUCGUGGUCGUCCUCACAUCUAUGCCAACCAGGGGGCUCAGCAGGAGGCUCGACGUAAGCGCAGACGCACUCAGUAUCAGCUCAAACGGGAUCUCCAGGAAGGUCAGAUCCUGCAGCGAUAUUAUCAUCAGUUCAUUGACCAGAAUCCUUGGGAACAGCCUUUGGAUGUGUCCCCACCAUUGCUCCAGCAGAGGACCGAUGUCUCUGUGGUUCAAAAGCAGGCUCUCCCCAUGCAGAAUGAACCUGGGAACAAUGAACCUGGAAACUCUUCAUCUUUCUCACCCUCAUCACCUGGUGGCCUCCACCCGCCCCCUCAGUCUCCCACACCAGCAUCCACGGUGAGCCAUUACGCCCUUGCAGAUGAUAACAGGUGGUUCGAUAUGGAUGGUCCAUCUGCAGAUGUGGAUUCAUUUGAUGAUGUGGAAGAUAGAAGCCAAUCCAGCUACAGGAUGACCCCAGAGGCCAUCCAUCAUGUAGAGCACAGGAGAUCAAGCACAGCUCCUCUCUCACCAACUGCUGAGGCCUUAUCACCCCUCUCAUCACCACCCUCUGCGGCGGCACCACCACCCCAGGCUCCAGUGUCCAUUCUUGCCCAAGGGCUUGCCGAGCAGCUGCAGCAGCACCAUGGCUGUCUGGGGGACAGCCACUGGGAGUAUCCCUUCGACAUGCGGCCUGUUGACCAUCCAUCCCCGCCUGGGACCCCCUUCCCCUCCAAGGCGACACCAUCCCGGCCCAUCCACUCUGUGCGCCUGAGUGAGAUCAUCCAGUGGGCCUGCCCGGAUAUCCUGUCGCGGCCACAGAUAGCUCAAUUUGGGGAGCCCUGGGAUGAACAGCUCCCCCCACUGCAGAGGCAGAAGAUCUUCAGUGGGCUGGAUGUCAGGGAUGACUCCACCCCUCCAGAACCACCCACCGUGGACAUCGCCUCGGAGGACGUCCCCGACGGGCCACUGAUGCCAUCCAUGGAUAUCGACAGCGUGGGGGGAUUCGCCUCCAGCCUCGCUGUGGCCCGGGCGGGCAUUCACUGGCUGGCAGCUAGGCCCCCUGUGUCCUCCCUCCAGGCAGGGCUGCAUCUCUCUCCAAUCCCCGUGACAUGGGAGCCCUCGUCAGAGGCCUCAUGCCCCCGGCGCAGCCAGAGACCGAUCCACCAGAUCCCACAUCUUCCCCUGGGCCGGCUGGGUGGGUUCGAGGAUCUAGAGCUCUACGCCCUGUUUCCCAAACUACAUGACCCCGAGCGCCAGCACUUCAUCAUCCGCGAGGAUGAGUACCGGCUGUGGACCGAUCAGAUUGUUCUUCCUGCCCUCCAUGAGUGCUACUCUACCGCCCUGCUGGGCCACAUCCCCUCCAGCACCGAUCACAUAAGGCUCAAUGCCACCGCGCGAUGGGUUGAGGGCCGUGUGAGUCACAGCAGCAGUGCACCUCGCGUCCAGCUUUUUCGGCACUUUCUCCCCCCAGAGGGUCUGGCCCCACUAUGGCAGGCAAUCCAGACGCGUAUCCAACAACCUACACUGCUUCAGUUCCAGGGUGUAAUGCUCUUCCUGACAGCCAAGAACCUGAAGCUGCAGACCCAGAGCCGCACCUGGAUGGAGAUGCACAAAAGGUUCCUCCACCGAUGGGAGCUUGCAGUCGAUCCCCAGUUUAUUGAGGAGGAGUUCAUCGACAUUGGCAAGGAGAUCUGCCCCCCUCAGAGCUACCUGGCCACACAGCAGGCAGACCAGAUCCCCGGGACAGUGCUGUGGCGGCGGUGCUGCCUGCAGAGCUUUGCACGGUGGUGUGGGGACUGUCUGCCUGAAUCCACCACAGCACCAGACCCCAGCGGCACUGGACAUGAGAGCCAGAGAGACAACGGGGACACUGAAGAGGAUUCUGGGGGUGAUGUAUACCAUGAGCACACUGAUCAGGUGGACCUCCCCACCAGCAGCUCUCCUCAGCCCCAGAAGGUCAAGAACCCCUUCCACCAGGAGUUCUACCCAAUGUCCUUCCUGUCUGAAGCAGGCUCACUGACCCUGGAGACGCGGCCCCGAUCGGCACUUCGACAGUCAGGGCUACUCUACUGCCAGUUCUACAACACAAUCAAGGAGGUCUUCGCGGCUGGGAAUCACUAUGCCUUCGGGGCUGAACACCUGGACACCCUUGCUCUGGACCCAGGCCUGGUCCGCAUGUGGCAGCACGUUGGCCGCGGGGUCAGCCAUCAGCCACUACAGGUGCUGCAGGCGUACCUUCACACCAAACAGCGCUGCCACCGGGCACUGGAGGCCUCCCGACAGAAGGCCUUCGCAGUGCGUGAGGAGUACCGGGUUAGCGGCGAGCUCUACCGGGCCAUCCACGCGGCCAUGCAGGAUCAGGGGUGGGUAGAUGAGCCACUCCCCCAGCCUGCAUCCUCACUGAGGCCCUUCCACCACCAGCCAACACCACUCAUCAUGGACUGGCUCCGGUGGAACAUCAACCGGCUCUGCACGGGGUUUGAGAUGGUCUACAGCCUCCGGCAGCGGAACCUCGUGCAGUGGGAGCACACACGUGUGAUGAUGAUGUUCCUCCAGUGCCUGCAGCACAUGUAUGGCGGGCAGGGGCGUCACCUACGCCACAGCAACGGGCUCUGGCUCGACCGUGUAGUCCAACCCCGGCGUGACGGGCAGGGCGAGCGAGUCCAGGAGGGGAUGGGGUUCCAGAGCAACCUCCGGCGGUAUCAGUACGCCUGGAUGUGCGAUAAGCUGGACUGGACCGCAAUGAUCUUCAAGCCUGCACACCGGGCCCAUCUGACCUUCAACACGCCCACCCUGCAGCAGGCGUUCCACCACCGGUAUGGGCAGGUGAACUCAGCCAAACGGGACUUCCUCCUCGUCCAGGACCUGCUGGCGCGGAUGCGCGACCCAGCCACCACCACCACUCAGGCCCGUCUCCUGCUCCAGCUGUGCAUUGACACCUGCCUGCGGGCAUUCCGCAAGGAGGUGUUUACCCACCUAGACCAGGGCCAGCGGGUCUCAUGGCGCUGGCAACCCCAGCAGCGGCAGCAGGCCCUGGCCGGGGAGAUCGCACUAACCUGGGCCGGGCUGCAGUUGGUGUUCCCCGAGCUCACCGACCCGGGAAUGAUACACGCGGUGGCAGGUCACAACAUGCGCGUGCGCAGCAUAUCCGUCCUGUUCACAUGGCUCUGGGGGUGGGAGGGGGAUGGCAACAGGUGCAUUCUAGCACGGCAACACUGGGUGGAUAAGCCCUACCGGUUGCUGUUCCAGCAGUGCUUCGGUGAGGUGGCCCUGGCAUUUGGGGUCGAGCAGGCCCGGGCUUGGCGGGCCAACCUGCGGUCGAUCUUCAUCCGCACCCACUGGCUCCUCCCAUACCCCUCAUCAACCAGCUUCUGGUCCCAUGGUGGGCAGCGGCGCCUUCAGUGGUGGUCUAGCGUGCACCCCGGCGUGCAGCAGUACGUCCGGAAGAAGAAAAAGAAGCAGCAACCAUCUCCAGAUCCAGCCCCACUGCACAUUGAGCCCUGGGAGGUCGUUCACCUCCCCCUGAGCGGCUGGGAGCGCUCCUCCUCUGUCAUGCAGGGGAUCGACAUCAGGCUUCCAAGCACGCCGGACUCCAUAGAUGAUUUCCUCACUGAUGUGCCACUGGAGCCUACUGAGGAGCCCACCAUGCGUGAUGAACACAUCCUGCUCCCAGUGAUUGGGCAGAGUGUGAAGCUGAUCUACAGCACGCUACCAGACAUUGCACCAAGCUACCAGCUACGGUCCCACAGACGGGGAGAGCACCAAGGCACUCCACAGCAUGAUCCUGCAUGGUGGAAGUCCCACCUCCAGUCCUAUCUACAGAGGCUCAUCCAGAGCAAGCAUGAUGCCAUCCAGUCACUGAAGUUCGCCCAACGGUCCCGCCAGUGGCAGAGUGGUCCACAGCCAGUACAGAAGAUAGCUAACACCGAGCCGGAUUCCGAUCCUGAGUCACUGAGCCAGCAGUAUAUCCAGGAGGUAAAGCAGCUCCAGGCUCUGAAGAAACAAGAGCGGAAGGUGUGGGAAUAUAACACCCGAUAUAUGCAUCAUUGGCAGCAUAUGAAAUCACUGCAGCAACAGUCUCAGAGCAGUGCCAGCAGUCGAUGGUCUGCACAAGAAUGGAAGAGCUUCCAGGAACAGUUUCAACGGGCGCGGCAUCGGGCACAGAAGUAUGAGUAUCAGCUGAGAAAGUCCACCCACAAGAUCACUGAGCAGCUCCAACUGGCCCCAGUUGAAACAAAUACUUCAAUUAGAGUUUUUACUUCUAGCCGUAGUGGAUAUGGAAUACAACAUAUCCAAAUCAAAAGCGAUAAUUCCGCCGGGAAGGGGUUAAAUUGUGGUGUCAAAGUCAAUGAGUUGAGUGGAUAUGGAAUACAACAUAUCCAAAUCAAAAGCGAUAAUUCCGCCGGGAAGGGGUUACAUUGUGGUGUCAAAGUCAAUGAGUUGAGUGGAUAUGAAAUACAACAUAUCCAAAUCAAAAGCGAUAAUUCCGCCGGGAAGGGGUUACAUUGUGGUGUCAAAGUCAAUGAGUUGAGUCGAACACGCUGGACCCUAAGCCGUUGGACGUCAAACCCGUCCAACCAGGAGUCAGAGAUGGAGAGCCAGCAGGGUGAAACCCACAUCAGAUUCAACAGCACAUGCAGUCCCAGAAUGGCCAGAAGUGUGAGCAAGAGCACAGACAACAACAUAAAUGAAAGCAUCACCAAGAAUGAGGCUUCAACUUCAGGCGGGAGCAGCCCGGGUCAAUGGAACAAGCAAGAGUCAAGUGAAAUCAGUGAAGACACCAGGGGCAUCCCAUCAACAAUCAGACAGACAUUCCACAAACAGAAUGUCCAUCAAGGCUGGUUCAUCAUCACACAUCAGCAGCGAGGGCAGAGGGCAUUGAUGGAUGAGGAGGUUUUAGUGGAAGAGGCGCAGAGGUGGAAGGAUCAGUGUUUGAUAUGUGCAAGUGGCAAGCGGGAGUUUGACCAUGAGCUGUACCAGUGUCCCCACGAGGAGAGCCAGGAGGCAAAGAGAUGGAUGAUGACACAGCUGAGGGAGUUCAAUGUGAAUGCAGAUGAUCAGGAGGCGGUGAUUGAAUUUUUGAGACAGAAGGUUGAGGGGCAGGGCAUCGAGCACAACCAGCUGAUGGAGAUGUUUUGUUGGCUGCGAGGGAUAUAUCAGGAGGCAGAGAGGGGGAAGAUCGAGUCAGAGGAGACAGGGGUGGGCAGUGAGUAUUAUCGUCCCAAAGUCCCGGUCAGCGCAAGGAGUGUGGUGGAGAUAUUGUGGUUUAAACAAUGGAGGGUUCUAUGGGACGAUAAUACCGUAUUAGUAUUAUCGUCCCAAAGUCCCGGUCAGCGCAAGGAGUGGUUAGAUGUGGAUGAAAUCAUGCAUGCUGGCUCUCUACCAAACAUAUUCAAUGCUAUUUAA